GGCAUGCGCUGUCAGUAUACAAAGAGCGAGCAAGGAGUACGCACACGUUCUUGUUUCAAUUGCAAAGUUAAUUCUAUCUUCAUAGAAAUAUCGAUAAACAGAAGAAUUAAAAAAUGAGAAGGGGAAUAAUAUUAAUUCCAAGAUUGUUCUCCCACUGGUGGGAAGUGUUGGAGCGACCACAUCAGUUAUUUGAUCAGCAUUUUGGCAGAGGAUUACGACCGGAUCAACUUUUUUCUUCAGUAUUUGAAAGACCAUCUUUUAAAUCAUUUCCAUACAGUUACUAUCGAUCAUUGAUAAAUUGGGAACGAGACGAAGAAUGUGGAUGGUCCAUAAUGAAAAAUGAUAAGGACAGAUUUCAGGUAAUUCUCGACGUACGACAAUUCAAACCAAAAGAAGUCGGUGUAAAAGUCGUUGACAACUUCAUUAUUGUAGAGGGAAAACACGAAGACAGAGAAGACGAUCACGGUCUAAUCUCCAGACAUUUCGUUAAAAAAUAUUUAGUACCAGAUCAAUGUGAUCCUGAAAAGGCUACGAGUACUUUGUCUACGGAUGGUAUUUUAACAAUAACAGCACCGUUAAGGCCAGAAGCUAUUGAAAGCAAGCGAGAAAAAACCAUUAAAAUCGAACAAACGGGAAAAGCGAUGGAAGACGACGAACUUCUGAAAAUAAAGCAAAAGCAAUAAAAGCAAUCGAUUUUGCAUAUAUAUCUAGUAUUUUUACCUAUUUUUUAGUGUGUGCAGAUACUUAUGAAAAUAUUUUUUUAUAUGUAUUAAGAAUUUGAAGAUUGUAUAUGAAUAAAUAAUAUAUGUACAUACA